AUGCUGGGCGUGCUUCUCCUGGCGUGCUGCCUGCUGCUGGGCGGCCGCAGCCUGUCGCGGGGCGACGCCGCCCUCGACCGAGACGAGCUGCCCUCCCUUCGGAAUAAAGGGAUAUUUAUUAUCCAAAGUUCAGACUCUAACUUGUGUAUCAAAGUGGACACAGAUGGCCUGGUUCUGGAAGACUGCAGUCAGCUCUCCAAAAACAUGCUGUGGAAAUGGGUAUCCAAUCGUCGUCUUUUCAACAUAGGCAGAAGUACCUGUCUAGGACUGAACAUCAGUAGACCAGAACAGCCAUUGACUAUGCUUGAAUGUGAUUCAAAUCAGUACUCACUGUGGUGGAAUUGUGAUGGCAGAGCACUGGUUGGUGUAUCAGAGUACAAAUUAGCUGUUGAAAACAGCAAACAUAUUAUAGCAAAAAAAAAAUCUAAUCAUCAGUGGAUCCAGUACAUGUCCUACGAUGAAGACAUUUGUGAACAUCCUUUCCAAGAAACAUAUACCUUGCUGGGAAAUUCCUUCGGUUUCCCAUGUGUUUUUCCAUUUAAGUAUAACAACAAGUGGUAUUAUGAAUGUACCAGAGAUGGAAAGGAAUUUGAGUGGUGUGCCACAACAAGUCAUUAUGAACAAGAUGAAAAAUGGGGGUUUUGUCCUGGUGCUGAGCGUGGCUGCGGCACGUUUUGGAAGGAGAACCCGGUCACACAUGUGUGCUACCAGUUCAACCCAUCAGCCGUGCUGUCAUGGCAUGAGGCACGGGCAGCCUGCCAGGCACAGGGAGGAGACCUGCUCAGCAUCACUAGCCCUGAGGAGCAGAGCUACAUCAGCGACUUGAGCCGACAGUUAAACAUCACAGAUACUGUGCUGUGGACAGGCCUGAAUCAGCUAGAGGAAGGUGCUGGCUGGCAGUGGUCGGAUGGAGCACCACUGGUAUUUGUCAACUGGAGAGCAGAUGUUUCUGAGGACCGUUCUAGUGAAAAUCAUUGUGCAGUGAUGAGUUCAAAAUUGAAAUAUGCCUGGAAAAGUUACUUAUGUGAAUCUGGAUUUCCUUUUGUAUGCAAGAAAUAUUUAAAUAAGACAGAGCACGAAACACUGGAUACAUGGAAGUAUUAUGCCACUCAUUGUGAUGCUGGCUGGUACCCGUACAAUCGCAACUGCUACAGACUUCAUAAAGAGGGGAAGAGUUGGAAUGAUGCUUUGAUCUCAUGCCAGAGUGACAGCAGCGGGCUCAUUAGUAUAUCCUCCAUGGCAGAUGCAGAGCUGCUCCGUAACUUGCUUCUACGAGAAAAUGUAACUGAAACAUGGAUUGGAUUAUAUAGUAGUAACAUCUCAGUUGUUUUUGAGUGGUCAGAUGGCACCCCAGUGAAGUUCUCAUACUGGCACAGCCAAGAACCUACUACCUUCCAAAGAAUAGGACAACUGUGUGUUUCAGCACAAGGACCUGAUGGACAUUGGAAAGUUAAACAAUGUGAAGACAAAUCUUUCUACAUUUGUGAAAAAGCAGGAGAAAUUAACAGUGUUUCUUUUGAUGCAGAAUCAAGUUGUCCAGAGGGAUGGGAAAGACAUGGUGGAUAUUGUUACAAAAUCGACAGUACCCCUCGAAGUUUUGAACAUGCUUCCAGUGGUUAUUUCUGCCCAUCUGCACUUGUGUCAGUAACAAACAGGUUUGAGCAAGCUUUUAUUACCAGCAUGAUCCGUAGUGUGGUAAAAUCUGAGAGAACUUAUUUUUGGGUAGGACUGCAAGACCUUAACAACACAGGAGAAUACUUUUGGCUAACAACAGAUGGGAAAAAUCGUUCUGUAAGCUACACAAACUGGAACAAGUAUCAGCCACGUCAUUCUGGAGGAUGUGUGGCAAUGCGGGGGCAGGACCCUGUUGGUUACUGGGAGGUAAAAAGCUGCAAGAACUUCAAAGCAAUGUCACUGUGCAAGCAAAAAGUCAAUUCUUAUGAAGAACCUGAACUUACUUUUCAAAGACAUUUGAGUUCCUGCUACUUUGGAUGGGAGUCAGAAGGCAAUUUACUCAACUGCUACAAGAUAUUUCACAGAGAGAAAGUUCUGAUGAAAAGAACAUGGAGUGAAGCAGAAGCAUUAUGUCAAGAUUUUGGAGCACAUCUUGCUAGUUUUUCCCAUGUCUAUGAAGAGACUUUUUUAAACAAUUUAUUAUAUACAAUUUUUGAUAGGACAGAAGAAAGACAGUUCUGGAUUGGAUUUAAUAAAAGAAACCCAUUUUCUGUAGGGACGUGGCAGUGGUCCGACAAAACACCUGUUGUAGCUUCAUUUCUGGAGAGCAAGUAUGUUGAAGAUGACUCAAGAAACUGUGGUGUAUUCAAAGUAAAUAGAACAGUUUUUCCAGCACACUGCAAUGAAAAGCGUGAAUGGAUAUGCAAAAUACCAAAAGGUGUUAAACCAAAGAAUCCAGAUUGGUACAUAGCUGAACUGCCAUGGUCAUACUAUCAGGGAGCAGAGUAUCUUUUUCACGUGAAUCCUACAGACUGGGACACCUAUGAGUUCAUUUGUGUCUGGCUUCGUAGUGAAAUGGCAACAAUAACUUCUGCAGAGGAGCAAGCUUUUAUUGAAAAUAAAAUUAAGAAGCUGUCGGAUAGUGAUGUUCACUGGUGGAUUGGAUUGCACGCAGAAAACAUCAGCAAUGAAUUUCGCUGGAAGGAUGAAUCACUAAUAACAUACCAGAACUGGAAUGAAGGCAGAGAUCGAUAUUUGCAUAAACCGGGGAAAAGAUGUGGCUUCAUUUCAUCACAAACAGGACUCUGGGAUGAUGAAAACUGUACUGUUUCUCUUCCCUGUAUUUGUAAACGUAAAAAUGCUUGGAAAAUUGAGAAAGAGGUUCCAAAAGACCAGAACCCACAAGGAAUGUGUCCCAAGGGCUGGCUGCACUUUGGAUUUAAAUGUUUUUUGAUACAAAUUCCAAAGGAUCCAGAGCACCUGAGGAGCUGGUACUCUGCACAGACAUUCUGCAGUAGGUACGAUGGGUCCCUCGCUUCCCUUGAAGAUGAACUGGAACAAGCUUUCAUAACAAUGAAUCUAUUUGGUCGCAAAACUAGUGUUUGGAUAGCUUUCCAGGGUGAUGAUUAUGAAAAAUGGAUGAAUGAAAAUCCUCCAAGGUAUUCCAACUGGUCUCCAAUUGAAGCAGUGCACAGACCGCGUUAUAACAGUGUCUACGUCGAAGAACAAGUUCCACUUUGUACACUGGUAUCAAAUAACCCUAAUUUUUAUUUUACGGGAAAAUGGUACUUAGAAAACUGUGAGAAAAAUUAUGGGUUUGUCUGCCAAAAAAGGCAGGACACAUCCAGACAUAUCGUCAAUGCAUCUGAAAUGUACCCUGUGCCAGAUACUUUACAGUAUGCAAACAGAACAUAUACCCUAAUACGUGGGAAUUUGACAUGGUCUGCAGCUUUAAAAACCUGCAUGGCAAAUGGAGCUGAGCUGGUCAGCAUUGCAGAUCAGUACCACCAGGCUUUCCUCACAAUCAUUGUGAAUCGGCUGGGAUACAACCACUGGAUCGGGCUUUUCACCGCAGAUAAUGGGCUUAAUUUUGAGUGGUCAGAUGGGACUAGAUCCUUGUUUACCUUCUGGGAAGAUGAUGAGUCCCAGGCCUUGGGCAGCUGUGUUUAUAUGGAUGCCUCAGGGCACUGGAAGAGUACAAGCUGUGAACAACUUCUGCCAGGAGCAGUCUGCCAUGUGCCGCCCAAGAAGAAACUCAUUGAGUAUAAAGGCUUAUGUUCAGAAAAACAUGUUCCCUGGAUCAAAUUCAAAAACAGUUGCUACAGCUUUAACACCGUUCUGCAGGGCACAAGUUUUGAUGCUGCAUAUGAAGUGUGCAGAAAUCAAGGAUCUAAUCUUCUAACUAUCAAAGAUGAAGAUGAAAAUGCCUUCGUUCUGGAGGAGUUGCACAGUUUUGGUUAUUCUGUGAAAAUGGUUUGGCUGAACGUCCUGCAUGUUACAGACAAUGAAACGGUUUCCUGGUCUGAUGGCUCUCCCUUAAAUUAUUCUAACUGGGGCAUCAGGGAGCCUGAAUUUGAUCAUCUUAAGGGGAAUUUCUGUAUCAGCCUGAGGACUGCGGAUGGUGUAUGGCAAAUAUCUCCAUGCAGAGAAAUAAAGGGAUUUGUUUGUAAAAAGAAUGCAGAUCUUAAUGCGGCAGAACCCUCUGAAAAAUCAUCCUACUCUGGACUUGCUGCUCUGGCUGUUCUCGUAACGUUUGUGAUGCUGGCUGCUGUUUCCAUUUUUCUGUGGUGCCUCUACAAACAGAACAACAGAUUCUUCAGCAGAAUACUGUGGGUCAGAAACGCCUAUUUUCCACAGAUUAAUUCUGAUGUUCCUGCUCUGGAAGAAAGUAUUCUCAUUUCUGAUUUUGAGAAAGAUGACAAUUAAUCAGUGGGGAGAACCAAGCAGUUAUGUAUUCUGUGUUAAAUUCCGUGUCCUACAGUGUUUUUGUUUUUGUGAGCCAGUUGCUGUCCAAGACCAGCUCCACGUCUUAGCUGGUGGUCAGAAUGCCUACAUGGUGCUGGAAGAGCAGCGAAGCAGCAGCCGCUGUUCUUUCCCUUCUUGUGAAUUUGUUCCAUAAGGUUUACAAAGCGAGCAGUGAGGAGCUGAGCACCAGUCGCACCUGCUCUCACAGGCACCAGACCCAGGCUUCCUUGGUGGCAGAGGGUCUGUGCUCCCUUCUCAGGAGACUCAGGGCAUGUGCUUCUGGAGGAGUCCUUGCACCCUAGUGGGGAGCGUGCAGGGGCUGCUGCACUUGGACCUCUUAUGCUUUGUAGUAGAACGUGGUGAGAAUGCACAGAGCCAUGGGGAAAUUGGCUUCUAUGGGGAAAGCUGCAAACUAAAAAUGUUCCGAUACCCCAAAUCUCAGACUGCUCACAUGGAGCAGUCAUGUCUGUGCCCCCAAGCAGAGAACAUUUCUAUGCAGCUUCUUCCCUUGGGAAGGUUUGGGCCUCUUGGCUUUUAUUUUCAUACCAAAAGAGCUGCUCAUAAACCAGUGUUAAAACUUGUCCUUGAAUUUAGGAGCUCUGAAACCUACUCCAAGGCUUAUGGAGUAGUUCUUCCUAAUGCCUAUUCCAUCCAUAGAAUGUACUUUUUCAUUCGGUGGAUUCUUAGCAGGUGGAUUUCCAAGUUUGCUGAGAUGAGGUUACUUUUGAUUGGGAGUGUCAGUGUUGCCAUGAUGGCUAGUUUACAUUAUGAAAUACCUUUGGCUUGAGAUACAGUAGCAUGUGGAUAUUGUCGUCCUGAAGUUAAUAUAUUCAGUAGAGAUACUUCUGGUGCACUUGUAGAGAAACAAUGUUAUCUCUCACCUCGGUCAUUUCAGAAACUGAAUCUCAUCAGCCUCUUCCAAAGGUGCUUUGGAGCAGUAUCUGUUUGAAGGAAAACAUUAUAUGAAUCUUGUUAAAGUUAGGAUAAUAAACUGCUUUACUGUUCACUUACAGUGCAACUUCAAGCAGUGUUUAUGUAUGUUCUUCUGAGACCCUGCUCUCCACACAUAAGGAUGAUACAAGGGAGAGCCACAUCUGCAGUUGACAAAGGGUGCUGCCCUCCCUCACCCAAUUCCUGUAAUCCCACGUUGCCCACCUUCAAGGGCCACAUUUCUCUGGUGAUAUCAAGGUGCUAAUGGUGCUAAUACCGUCUUUCAUUGGUCAGUUGUUCUCCUGGCUAAUGACUGUGCAAGACCUACAGAUUCAGGUCAUGGUUCUCGGCGGUGGAUGGUUCUAUGGAUUCCCACACUCCCAGUCUUCCAGUUACUUCUGUGAAAAUAUCAAAACCUUUCAUGGAGGACUUUUAAAUUAUUUCUAUUGUGAGGUGGGAAAAAAAGGAAAGCCAAAUUGCCGAUCACAAAGAGUUACCUGAGUAUUGAAUAACUGUGCCAUUAGUCAUCUCUAAAAGCUGCUAUGAAGGGCUGUGCAUGUUGUCGUGUUGGUUGGUUUGUUAUGGGGUGACUCAUUCUAAAAACUGUGCAGGAACCCUAAAAUGGAGAUAUGUUUGUGAAAAUUCAGCAAGCAGCUAAGACCAAAUGCAAUGUUUGUGCACAUACAGGGGAAUGUAUGACUUCUUUCCAGUUAGAUUUCACGUAGCAAUUCUUUAGAUAUGACCAAAUAAAUGUAUUUUCAUGUCAUAA